AUGUUUGCCCGUCAAUGCACUCGUCUGGCUACUUCUCGGACAUCAGUCCCCUUGACUUCCUACCUAGCCCGAGUCCGGGGUUAUUCUUCAGCUGCUGGUAGCUACGAGCACAUCCUCACCUCGACCCCCAAGCCCGGCGUGGGAUUGAUUACUCUUAACCGCCCCAAGGCUCUCAACGCACUAUGCUCUCCCUUGUUCAAGGAGCUUAAUGAAGCCCUGAGCAACUACGACAAUGACAAGAGCAUCGGCGCGAUUAUUAUAACAGGGAGCGAGAAGGCUUUUGCGGCCGGGGCCGAUAUCAAAGAAAUGGCCCCUCUAAGCUUUUCCGCCGCCUACAGCGACAACUUUAUUGCGCCCUGGUCCCACCUCGCCACCUCCAUCCGCACCCCAGUCAUCGCGGCCGUCUCCGGCUACGCCCUCGGCGGCGGCUGCGAGCUAGCCCUGAUGUGUGACAUCCUGUACUGCUCCGAAAACGCCACCUUCGGUCAGCCGGAGAUCAAGCUGGGCACAAUCCCCGGCGCAGGCGGCUCUCAGCGCCUGACUCGGGCGAUCGGUAAGAGCAAGGCCAUGGAACUUAUCCUUACUGGAAAGAACUUCAGCGGUAAGGAGGCUGGUGAAUGGGGUGUUGCGGCGAAGGUUGUGCCAGGUGGUAAGGAGGAGUUGCUUGAGCAGGCGUAUAAAACGGCUGAGACCAUUGCUAGCUAUAGCCGUGUGGCUGUUGUUGCUGGUAAGGAGGUUGUUAAUAAGAGUCAGGAGUUGUCGCUCAAGGAGGGUGUUGAGUAUGAGAGACGGUUGUUCCAUGCGCUCUUUGGGAGCAAGGAUCAGAAAAUCGGUGAGUUUGCGCUUUGCUCUGCUGAGCGGGUGGGUUUGGGUUGGGGUUUGCUAACAAAUGUCCUAGGUAUGACUGCCUUUGCGGAAAAGAAGAAGCCUGAGUGGUCCCAUGAAUAG